CACGUUUAAAGUCUAAUAAAAGCGCAACUUCCUUGUCGUCCCAGCUCAUCUCAUCGUGCCGCCCCUCUGUUCCCUCAACUGACCCCGAAAAUAAAAAAGUCCAGGCAUCUUCAACCGACAUGUCGAACCCGGAAAAGUCCCAAGAGGGCUACCAGCAGCUGGGCCAUUAUCAGCAGCAGCAGGGCGACUUUCCGCCACCCCCGCCCGGCCCUCCGCCCGCGCCGUCACAGUCACAGCAUCCCGAGCAGCAUCAGUACGCGCAACCUCCGCAGUACGACCAGCAGCAGCAGCAGCAGCAGCAGCAGCAGCAGCAACAACAACAACAACAACAACAACAACAUCAGGAGCAGCAGCAUCAGCAGCCCCAUUUCCCUCCGCCGCCCGGGCAGCCAGACCAGCAGCAGCAGUUCCCACCUCCUCCGCCGCAGCAGCCGCACGAUCAUCACCAGCACCAGCAGUACGCGAUCCCGGCAUACAACCCCGCAGCGCCCGUCUUUGCCCCUCCUCCUCCCACAGAGGCGUCUGGCGCGCUGCCAUCCGGCGGCGCCCCUCCUGUGCCAUCGACAUCGCAUCACCAACCCGCCGCGCCCACCACGUCCGAACAUGAGCAGCAGCAACAGCAGCAGCAGCAUGGACACAGCAAAAAGUCGGGCUGGGGGGAGAGAUUCUCCCAGCUCGGCGCAAAGGCCGCCGCGCCCAUCAACAGCCUGGCACACAAGCUAGGCAGCCAGAGCUUCCUGCCGGAGCCCCUGGACAAGGAGUGCGACAAGGCAGCGGCCAUUCUCCGAGCCUUCUGCAAAAAGGGCGUCUACGCAGACCCCGGCGCCGGCCAGCCUCCCACCUCGACCAACGCCAACGCCACCGAGUCGACGGGCGGCGUCAUCGACCCGACAAAGGAGAAGCCUAAGAACCGCGUCCUCGUCACCAUCCCGCCCAAGGUCAUCUCGCGCGCCGUGGGCCUCGCCAUCUUCACCACCCUACGCGCCGGGUUCCAGUUCUCCGGCGCCACCGGCUCCGGCAUCCUCGUCGCGCGGCUGCCCGACGGCUCCUGGGGGCCCCCCUCGGGCAUCCAGGUGCACUCCGUCGGGGGCGGGUUCCAGAUCGGGCUCGACAUUUACGACUGCGUGUGCGUCAUCAACAGCAAGGAGGCGCUCGCUGCGUUUACCAAUACGCGCGUGAGCCUGGGCAGCGAUCUGACUGUCGUGGCUGGGCCGUAUGGAGCAGGUGGUGCUGUGGACUUUGGCGCGGCCAUGGACGAUAAGAAGAAUAACACCGACAAGAAUACCGCUUCUAUUCCCACAGACACUCCGACGACGCAAGGCCAACAGCAGCAGCAGCAGACCCAAACGACGACGCUUCAGCCGGGCGACGAUCCCAAAAAGAGCCACCGCCGCAGCCUCAGCGCCAGCGCCUUCAAGCCCGUCUUCUCGUACGUCAAGUCACGCGGCUUCUACGCUGGAAUCCAGGUCGACGGCACCGUCGUCGUCGAGCGCAAGGAUGCCAACGCCGCCUUUUACAGCGCCCACGCCACCGUCGACCAGAUCCUCAAGGGUCAGGUCCCUCAGGUGAACCCGCAGGGGUCCGCUGCCAGCUUGACGACGUGGCCGGCCGGCGCGAAGACGCUCUUGGAGACGCUCAGGGGCGCCGAGGCGGGUGCCCUGGCUGGUAGCACGACGCCGCCCACGGUGAGUGGCGAGAGCGCAGCGCAUCAUACUGGCGUGCCUGCCGUGGGAGCCUCUGCUGGGCUGGGAGGAGCGGCGCCGCCGGCGUACCAAGACGAUGGGAAGCAGCACCCGGGUGUCGGCGAUGUCAAGUACGCGUGAGCAUGAACGUGGUUGGUCUGCAUACGAGGCUCUCUUGACUGGGAGACACUGUGUUUUCCCGUGCUCGCGCUUUGGGACGUGGAGGAUGUCCGGACUGUGGUGCUUUGUGUUUACUUUGCGACAUGUUUGGACAAGCGCGACGGCGUCUGACAAGUUUGUUCCAUAGCUACAUAAGAUUAGCUAAUGAAUGAUUAUAACCUGAUA